AUGGAUGUUUCUGAGCCUACAAAGACUUAUAUGUGCGAAAAUGUGAAGUGUAGUGAAAGACUAGUUGGUUUAUUGAGUAACUAUAAAACUACAAAAUGCAGUUGCGGGAAGUUGAUGAGCAGGGAUGGUUCUGGAAGGGAAAUGGAUGUAGUAAAAGAUGAAACUAAGGGAGAGUCCAUGUUUUUCAUCACUGAUGGUUUAGUAGUGAUGAAAGGUUUGCCAGGUAAUCUCAUUCAAUUCCUUCAUAGCUGGGAAUCAAGAAUAUUUUUCAUCAGAUCAAAGAAGUUCUGGAAAUUGAUUCAUAUGAGGACUACUUUGACUGAUGCUUUUCUGAGAAAACAACGAAUUCUCAGCGGUGAAAAGUCCUUGCUCGUAGCUCCAAAUAUGGAGGAGACGGUUGAAAAUGAUUUCAAAACAAGUGUGAAGAUAAUACUGAGGAAGUCUGAUUGGAAAAUAUUAUUCGCUGAAACAAAUGAAGAUUUUGUGGGCCACUUAUUUAGCUUCCUCACCAUACCUUUUGAUUCUGUUUUGGAACUCUUACUAGGUAGUAAUCUCACAAUUGGAUCCAUCUCUUAUUUGCUUCAAGAUUUAAACAUUAUGCUCUCCAUUACCGAGCCAAAGUAUUCCAAGAAAGCUGUUCUUCAACCAUUUUAUAGUUGCCCAAAGGAGUUUCCAAGUAUCUGUUCUGAGGUAAGGUUUUCCUCAUUUCUGGACCCGAAGUCCCCAAACCCAAACUCGAGAUACAGCUCGGGCUAUGUCCUGAAGAACUCAUCGUUUCUAGUAACAGAUGAUCUAGUAGUUAAAUCAGUAUCAUCUGUUUCUAUUAUUUCUGUACUGAAGGAAUUAAACAUCCCACUUGUUGACGUUGAACAGUUAGUUAUUAGCAUUGGGCAGUUUGAAGCACUUGCUUUAUUGAAGGCCUGUUUGUGUUCAUCCUCACCUUUAUCAGCUUUAAAGAACUAUAUUGUCAAGAAACGAAAGCGUCAGCCAUUACAGUGA